AUGGCUGGGACCGCACCUGGGCAGGAGCCCCUGAACCACGCCGAAUCCAGCAGCGCUGUCCCGAAACGAUGCCUUAGAGGGCAAAGCGAUAACACAGGAACAUGGAUUGUUAUGCCUCUCGACAACAAAAGCCGCUACGGCGAGGGCGCGGCGCAGGAGCGUUUCCAGCACGCCCUGUCCCUGGUCUUCAUCCAGUGCGUUAUCAACGCCGCCUUCGCCAAGCUCCUGAUCCGGUUUUUUGACUCGGUCAAGGUGGACCGGACGCGGAACUGGCUGUACGCGGCUUGCUCGCUCUCCUAUCUGGGCGCGAUGGUUUCCAGCAACUCAGCUCUGCAGUUUGUCAACUAUCCGACUCAGGUCCUGGGCAAAUCUUGUAAGCCCAUCCCAGUCAUGCUUUUAGGAGUGACUUUGCUGCGGAAGAAGUAUCCACUGGCCAAAUAUCUCUGCGUCCUCUUGAUAGUCACAGGCGUGGCCCUGUUCAUGUAUAAGCCUAAAAAGGGGGCUGGAAGCGAUGACCACGUCUUUGGCUAUGGAGAGCUCCUUCUACUGCUGUCUCUGACUUUGGAUGGACUGACUGGUGUAUCUCAGGACCACAUGAGAGCUCACUACCAAACUGGCUCCAAUCACAUGAUGUUAAACGUUAACCUGUGGUCCACCUUGUUCCUAGGGGCUGGGAUACUGUUCACUGGAGAGCUCUGGGAGUUCUUGAGUUUUGCUGAACGCUACCCUAGCAUCCUUUACAAUAUCCUGUUGUUUGGCCUGACAAGUGCACUGGGUCAAAGUUUCAUUUUCAUGACUGUCGUAUACUUUGGACCUCUGACCUGUUCCAUCAUCACCACAACGCGGAAGUUCUUCACCAUUUUAGCAUCCGUCAUUCUAUUUGCUAAUCCCAUCAGCACCAUGCAGUGGGUGGGGACCGUCCUGGUGUUCUUGGGCCUUGGACUUGAUGCCAAAUUUGGAAAGGGAGUGAAGAAGACAUCCCGUUGAAGAGAUGUUUGAACUCUGCAGUUGGAAUGAACUUUUAAUUUAUUGUCUUGUACCUCAAAAUCUGUUAUGAAACUGGACUCAGGAUGGGAAAUUAGAAGGGGAGCGUUUGGAUUUUUUUUUUUUCUAGUUUUUUUAAUUCUGAAUUGUCUUAAAGUGUAAUACUUUUGUUUUAAAUGUAAUCAAAUGUUUACUUUUUUUUCCUGUAAUCAAAGCUGCAUUACUAGAUUCUAGCAGCAGGAUGAAAUCCUUGCCUUAAGAGGAGCAAAGGCUACAUAUCUUUAUUAAAGAAAAGGAGACAACGGCCAUUUUUCCAGAACUUUAAUUUCAGUACAGCUGACUGAUCUUGGGGAGAAACUGUCUUUGGAUCUUGCAGCAUUCUCUUUUGAAUCUGCUUCGUGCAAACAGCACACCUUGCUCCAAGGAGAGGGCUAGUCUUAGAAUACUUUGUUUCAGUGUGUUUGGCAUAGCCUGGAAGGACCUCAGGAUUAAGUGCCUGUGACGAAGACAGAGCCCCCUUCUUCUGAUUUGUAUGGUUUUCCAUAACCGAGAACGGGCUGGUGGAGCAGCCAGUCGGACAUUCUCCCAUUAAGGUAAUAUGUGUAAACAUUGAGUUGCAUUAUAUGCUUCACCUGAUCCCUUCUAAAACCGAAAUAACUCUUGGCAUAUGUAAAAGUUUACAGGACCAAAUUAAUUCUUUUCAUCCCCCCUGCUGCUGAAGGAACAAGACCCUCUGCUGCUAAAGCCAUGCCAAGGUUGUGUGACAACAGCUUCUAAAUGUUGAAAGGGGCCUUGUUAAUUAACCACCAUCACCGAGAGCCUUGGAGCGCCUGCUCCCGAGUGCACCCGCUAGCUCCCCAGUGUUGUAGGGGAGGAGUUACUAUCAUAACGAUGCCUUCAGAGUUGGAGAGCAAAAUUCUCCAAAGAGCAAACUUUACACAUGAAAGCAUGUUUCUACCAGCUGUCGCUUGGUCUCCAUCUGUUCUGCGGCUUUGGCCUUUUGCCCCUCCAGAUGGGAUCUUGAUCUCUUUCCUGAGCGGCUGUUGUAAGUCUCUUUCUCUAGCUCCCCCCUCGCCCACCCUUCCAGUGUUUUUUACAACUUUUUUGGCCUCAAAUUUGGUUUUGAUUUUAAUCUUUAUCCCAUAGCUCUACUCAAAAAAUGUGGCUUUUGCACAAUUAAACCUGAGGAUAUUGAAAUUUA